AACUGGGUUCUCUCUGUGCUGGUUCUGAACCGGUGUAACGUGAAUGCAUUACGUAACGACUAGGUCACUGGUUUCACUGACCCGGGACAGGUCCGGAGUCCGGAACCAGCCUCAUUAGUGAUAUUAGACGUGCUUUAGUUUAUAGUUUAUAGAAAUGUCUCGUCAAGAACGUUUGGAUCCGAUGAACCGAACUCCAGCUGAUCAUUAGCUGCUGCAGCUCUGCUUUAAUUAAUGUGACUCAUGUUUACAAUAACUGAUGAGGGUCAGACAGAGAAGUCGGACCGGUGUCGUAUUCUGAAGUGGAGGAAGCCGGCAGAUGGUCUGUAGAGGCUCAGAGGAGGCACACACACACACACACACACACUCUCUCACACACACACACACACACACACACACACACUCUGUGCCUGUAGAUUAUAGUGGUUUAACCCUCAGUGGACAGACACUGAGGUGCUGGAGUCCAGUCAUGGCUGUUGUCCUGCAGACCCAAGCUGUUAUACAAGAGCCAGAGCCAAAGGGAAAUAAAGGAGCCACCGGCCUGAAGCGUGAGAGCGCCCUCCCCUCGUAUCUCUUCCAUGGCGCUAGAGCUCUCUCUCGAACCCUCUGCCUGUCUUCAUCUCUAUCCUCAUCUUUACUGCAUAGCAGAGCUUGUGGUGGAUAACAGCCGCUCUACAGACGGGGAGGUGGAGGGUCUGACGGACGACUUCACGGACCUCGAGUUCCUCAGUCUGGUCAACGUGGGUUUGAACUCUCUGGCUAAACUGCCCUCGCUGCCCAAAUUACGCAAGUUGGAACUGAGCGACAACAACCUGUCUGGUUCUCUGGACACUCUGGCAGAGAAAUGUCCCAACCUGACCUACCUCAACCUGAGCGGGAACAAGAUCAAAGACCUGAGCACGGUGGAGGCGCUGCAAAAUCUGAAGAACCUGCAGAGUCUGGACCUAUUCAACUGUGAGAUCACGUCUCUGGAGGACUACAGGGAGAGCGUGUUCGAGUUGCUGCCUCAGAUCACCUACCUGGAUGGGUUUGACCAGGAGGACAACGAGGCACCGGACUCGGAGGCUGAGGACGAAGACGAAGACGGGGAGGACGGUGCGGGACAGCCAGGUGAUUAUGAUGAGGAUGAUGACGAAGAGGAAGAUGAGGACGGUUCCGAGGGAGGAGAGGUGGGGCUGAGCUUUCAGGUGAACCGAGCCGAUCAGGAAGAGGAGGAGGAGGAAGAUUAUGCGGAGGAGGAGGAGGAAGAGGACCAGGUUCAGGGACAGAAGAGGAAGCGAGACGAGGAUGAUGAAGGCGAGGAAGAUGAGGACGAUGAAGACGACUAGUCUUCGGGCCUACUGUCAUGUGUGUGUUGUCCUGUCCUGUUUCUGUCCAUCUCAGCCCAUCUCUGGACCCGACCUCUGCCAGACUUCAACCACUGCACCUACAACAGGGACAGCAGCAACAGGAACAGUGACCCGAUGGUUCCUUUCAGUCUGUGAUAGAAAAUCUGUUCUUUAUUUUAGAUAAUAUAUAAGAUUUUAUCAGAACUUUACCUGGUGGGCACACCUGAAGACGCCACGCCUCCCUUUAAACCUGGUUCUGGAUCACAGAUCAUCCGUCUCCUCUCCACAACCUCGGCCCCUGUUUGGCAGCUGUAAGGAACCAAGAAGACCCGAACAGAAACCUGUUUUUUACAGUACCAGGGCCUGGACACGUUUUCUGCUCGGAGACCUUCACCGGUCCAGAACUCAAGACCCAGUCUGACACACAGUCCACUUGCAACACUUGAUGGUCUUAGGUUCUGCUUCUUAUUGAUCCCUGCACCUGUUUUAAUAAAUGAGCUUUUAACACAACUUAAUUUAAAUGUGAGUCCACUUUGACCUUGACUGUGAUUGGACCCUGUGCAGCUUAAAUUCUUGUAUUCUGGACUGGGUUUGAUUCGUUUCCAAGAGCAGGAACUGUUCUGAUCAGAGAUUCUCAGGAGAAGUCUUCAAAUGAUCUUUCUUUGUCUCUGAGCUUUAGUCCAGACACACACCCACAUUAAAUCUGCGUUCAGAACCAGGAUCCAGGUCUUUCUGCGGCCGUGUCGGUCUGUGGCCCCCUUCCGGAUCUCAGUGUGUCAACCACCCAAUCAGGGACGUCACGUUUGUGUGUUGAACUCUUCGGGAUCCCCGUCACAGACCUGCUGCAGCUCAGGUCCGCAUCACAAUCUUAUUUACGAUAUUCCCAGUGUGUGUUUGAUUUUUUUCAGGGGUUCUCCAGGAGAGAUUAAUAGGCGGGUGGAAUUCUUAGUUCCAAUGUUUCUUGUUUUGGCGUUUUUGUCUGCUGAUGUUUUUAGUUUGAUGUAAAGCUGAGCAAUUUGUCCUUAUACUUCCGGUCCCCUCGUAAUGUCCCGAUCAGCUCCGAGGCUUCAGGCUGCUAGUGUGUUCAGGUGCCCCUCAACAAGUCAGGUCAGAACCUCACAGUGUUCUCCAUGUGUCUUUAUUCAGAUUACUUUAGAAACUAGAAACUAGAUUUUAACUACGCAAUUUAUGAAUUCAGUGCAUCAGUAAAUCAAAUAUUCCUUUGAAAAGUUUUAUUAUCACGUCUGCUUGCUUAACAGGAUCAGGUUUAACUGAAAUGAAAUAAGAGACUGGGUCUGUGACAUAAUGGCUCACCUUGAACGCACCAUGCAGCUUGUCUUCCAGCGUUUACCUGUGUAAGGGGCGGAGUCUGAAGCUGGUCACACCUGUGCUGCAUCACCAUCCUUCACACUAAACAUUUUCCUUUCUGCUGCUGCAUCACACACCCAAGCAAGUGGGAAUAAAUGGAUUAAUUUGGAAGCAGUUUAAGCAUUUAAAAUCUUAAUUUGUGUUGAAUAUUGGAUUAAUCCACGUAUUUCUCAGUUUCCUUCAUUUAUGUCCAGUUUAUUCUGGUUUGAUGAAGCAGCCAGGUUCGAUUCAGCUUCGACUUUUCUAUAAGCUGUGUUUCUCUCGCUUGCUCGUAAAAACAACACAUCCACUCAUAAAGGUUUAGUUGAAGUGUUGUGCUGUUUUUAAGAGUGUAAAGGUCAAAGGUUAUUUGUCUGACCUGGGACGCUUCAAAGGCAAUACUGUAAAUAGACUCUGCUUCAGGUUUUUAUUUUGUACUGACCAGUCAUUUUACUCAUCUUUUUUCUGCAGUGAGGUGACGUUAUCCCAUUUUUGACCUUUGACCCUGGCUCACUCCCCUGUCAGCUGUUAGUUUCCCCUCCUUCAUUGUGUUUGUGGGAACUGUUUGAUUUUUUUGUGUGUUGUAUCUGAAACUUUACUGGGAGUUUUCAAUAAAAGCCCUAAAAGGAAA